UCAUUUCAUUUUGGGCUUUGUUCUAUUUGGUGGAAAGUUUGAUGAUGUAAUGAAACCAAUUGUAGAUGAAAUUAAUAUUUUAGAAAAAGAUACAAAGCAUUAUAAUAAUAGUCUAGGAUGUAGAAGCUGUUUGGUACCUAAGGAGCAAUUAAAUGUCUUACUUUUGAUUUCUACCUUUACCAAGCAAACAUAUAAAGAACUAGAUGAGGCUCUAAAAAUUAAGCAUAUCCUUUUGCAAAAAAAUAUAGAGUUUGAUUUCAUUUAUUAUCAUAAUACAUUACAAAUGAUCUAUUACCUUAUCGAUGAAGGUGAAGAUAGCUGCUUUCAAAAUGUUGGGCAGGGUUUUCAAAAUUUUAUAAUGGAUCCAUUGCUUCAACCAAUAUUAUCAGAUUGGUAUAUGAUGCAGAAUAUUCAAGAAGAAGAUAUGUUUGACAUUGAUAUGCAA